AUCGUUCUUCACUUCCAACCACCACCUGUAUACCUUACCACAUAAGCGAGCGCUUGACGCCUCUCCGCUUUUCGAACAAAUCACCUUCCAGCCAUUUUAUGAGUGGGCCAAUCUUCAACAAAUACGACCCCUUCGCGGAGGGCGACGCUGAAGCUGGUAUAAACGAAACCGAUAAUACAGCCGCGGAAUACAUCCAUAUCCGCAUUCAACAGCGGAACGGUAGAAAGACACUGACCACCCUCUCUGGCUUGCCUAAGCAGUAUGAUCCCAAGAAGCUGUUGAAAGCUUUCAAGAAGGAAUUCGCUUGCAACGGCACCGUAGUUACUGACGAAGAAGCCGGUGAAGUCAUCCAGCUGCAAGGCGAUCAGCGCCUCAAGAUUGCUCAGUUCCUCACCGUAGAGGGCAUCGAUAAGAACACCAUUAAGGUGCACGGUUUCUAAGGCUCCGUGGGCCCUGUCGUUGGUGCAUCCCGAGCAUCCGUCCUUUCACGACCUUUUUCUUCCCUCGUUGCAUGUACCUCUAGUGUCGGUGUGGGUUCCAGCAGCUGGAUCGAUUGACGAGCGAGACGAGAGCGAGAGCGUUUACAACCGUGACCUGAUUGUGCCUGCUGUGUAUCUUUUCUUUCGACCGUUGAUCACUGUACUUGUCCAUGGCUGUCCACUUAUGCAUGACGUUUUCUUUUGAUCCAACAAUACAAUUAGAUGCGUUUCAAAUC